AGGGGCUGAGGAGGAAGUAGGUUACCUGCAGCCAGGUGAACAGCAUUGCCUCCAAUCAGCAGCAGUGCUUCUCCACAGAGCAACAGGGACGGAUGAAAACACAAAUUCACCUGAUUUUAAGCCUUUCUUUGGACUAUCACACAAACCUGGGUGGAAACUGCCAGUCAUGCCUGCCACCUUCGUUCUCUUCUCAAGACUCUUUGCGGUGAUCUGUGCACCUGUCGUGUUGAUUAUAAUGUGUUCACACGCUGCGAAAGCCAGUCCAGCAGCGCCUAUAGGCCAACAGGGAGUGAAGUACAGCAUCCCGAGGCGGCUGAAUACCGUACAGCAGGUUUCUUCCUCAGCCGGUCUGCCGUUUCAAGGAAGUGAAGUCCAAGCACCGGGUGGCUCCCUGUCAAUCAGUAAUCAACAAUCCCAUCCUGUGCAGUUCACGCAAGGUAGCUUCAGUUACAUUCAGAACGGCCUCGAUAAGACGCGGCCUCGGGUGACAAUAACCAAGGUGCAGAGAGGUGGAAUGAGGCCAGCAAGCAACGUCUUCACCUCCCAUUCCCUGUACGAAGGGCAAAGCUUUGACGGAUCCAGAAUUCCUGUCAGCGCUCUUCCUCAGACAGAGAGAAACAUCGGAAAUUUGUACAACCCCAGUAUUAAUCGGGUUAAAUACCCGAAGAAAACCGCCGGUGAGCGAGAAAUUUGGACAAGUGGCUCGUCGAGGGCAGAUAAAGAUGCGUCUGCUAGAAAGUCGUAUUCUGUUUUUCCAUCCCAGACUGGUAGACUCCAGAGUGAGAAACCUGUAGCCCCAGCGGGGUACGGCAGCGACUUUAUGGAAACUAAUCAGCUUCCUGCGGUCGGAGUCCGGGGUGGAGCAGCUGGGAUGCAACCGAGGAAAGCUCUGGACUCCACAGGUCAGGCCUGGGGUCGUGCAGAAUCACUCGGCGACGGUUUAAGUGUUAUCAAACGAAACCCAAGCCACGAGAAGCUGACGUCCAUCUCAAAUUUCCAGAAACACCCAAACUCUGUUAGCAGCGGAGAGACGCCCGAACACAAGCGCAUCCAUUCGUAUCUCUUUAAAGAGUCUCCGGCUCAAGUUUACGCAGAGACGAGGCCUGUUGGACGAGACGUUGUCAGAGGACAGGGAGAUGCUGCGAGCUUGGCGCAGAAGCAAAGCCUGACCGGUGCGCAGGAAAACAGCAGAUAUGCUUCGAACUUUAAUCAUUUUACCAGAACAGACGCAAACAAGCGGGAACCUCAAGCCCAAAUUGGCUUUAGUAGACCUCGGGUCAUAAUAUAUCCCACCCCCAACAAGGCCGUAACCCCGCCGCCAGGUUUCCCGCAUCCUGCUCCAGCAGAGGACGACAAAAGUCUCGUCUCUGUGGCUCACUCACACUCUCAGGAUGGCAGAAAGACAUUCGCUCCGCUGGACCGAGCCAACGAAACGCCGGUAAAGCUGACGCAAGACUACAAGCCGAGACCGUCCAUUAAAAGGUUCCAUCGUGUCGAUGAGCUCACGAACUCGGAGAGGAAACCCGUGAAGGAGACGUCCGGCCUCUUUUCCACGGAGGGAACACGGCCCAGCCUGGAUGAAGGGAAAAACGGCAGGUUUAGAUUCUCUUACGCUUACCCCCAUUUAUCACAAAAGUAUAGCUUUGGCCAGAAAAGAGCUCCUGCUUUUGCUAAUACACUGGCAAAACCGGGCAGGGUGGAAACUAGUUCGCCUUCUCCUGUAACCCCAGUCAGCAGUGCAUCUACUGCUCCACCAAUCAAAGGGACGCUUCAGAGUCCGCGAAACGCCACUGACACCAGGUUCAGGCUCUACAAGGGCAGGUUCGGUCUGAAAGGAUACGGCAGUCAACCACUGGAGGGAGCCAAAGCUUUACCCGAGAGCGCAGACGCGUCCGUCGCACACAGGCCGAGGUUCAAAGGGUUUGAGCUCAGGAGCUCGGAGAUCUCCAGGCCCAAACGCAUCAGGAUUCACAGACUGUCCAAACAGGGGGGCGAGACCGGCCCAGAAGGCGGCGAGAGCAGCUCGACCAGAGAGCCGAGCGCUGCGAGAGGAGACGGGUCAGUCCGGAGCUUCACAACUAAUCACACCACCAACAAGGUCAGGACUCUUCAAGGAUUUCAGGCCAGUAGAAACCGGACCACGCUUGCUCUCAGCAGAACCAGCUGGACAUAUCCUGACCAGAAUCCACUGCGGCUGUCCAAGAUAGCCUCCUCGUCCUUCAUAAGCUCAGCGGGGCACCUCGGAGACCAUCUGAGCGCGCCGCCGGGGCCGAGGGCGGCUGGCGGAAACAGACCCGCCGUGCCGGUGGGGCCCCGCUUCAAGAGCCCCACCAGCAGCACGGUGAGGGGCAAACGGGUGAACCAGACGCAAGCCGGCACCAGAAAGCUCGUCGGACCCUUGGCGAGGAACGCGACCCUCAACGCGGCCAUACACAGGCCGCCUAGGGUGAAGGCGGUCACGUACGCAGACAUCCUGGGGAGCGCUUCGUUCAGCAGCGUCAGGGCUGCGGGUCGCCGCACGGGGCCCUUCGCCAACGCCACCGCGGGACAGGAGCACGGCUGGAGCUCAGAAUCAGACGAGGCGAAGAAGAACACGAGCAGGAGCCCCGAGGCCGGCGUCAACGGGGACGAAGAUGGCGGGAGGGUUGAGAGAAAGGAAGACAACGAAGUAGCAAUGCCUGAUUUAUUUUUUGAGAGCGAAGGCAGCGGAGGUUUGGAUCUGUCCGACGUUUUGUCCGCCGCCACAGAGGGCGAGCAAGCAGGGAGCGAUCUGCUGGAGCUAGAAUACCUCCGAAAGUCCACGGGCAACAUGUCCUUCAAAUCACUGAGUAAAUCACAUGUGGAGCGGCGAUAGAAAGGUGCUGAAAUGUUCCCCAGUUGGAGCAACUGCAAUAAACCAAAAUUUGUAUAAAAAAACAAAACAAAAAAAAAAAAAAACAC